UCAAGAACCCUCUCAUACUUGAGAGCUGAGAAGCACAUAUACACACAAACUCGCGCAUAAACUGUCAUAUUAUCCACAACCAAGAACCAUGGCUUCCACACUAUCCUCAACUAUCUAUCAUCUUCCUCUUACAACUUGCUCAAACAAGAACACCAAAAACAAUGCUCUCUCAUCUUCACUCUUUUGCAACUCCUCACCCUUGUCUUCAAAUUCAAACAUAACCCCCAAGUUUCUAAGGGCUAAGCAUGUUAUUAGCCCUGCAACAACGAUCUCUAGACCAUUUACUAUUAGAGCCAUGGCUCCCCCUAAGCCUGGUGGCAAAGCCAAGAAAGUGACGGGAAUGAUAAAGCUAGCACUGGAGGCUGGGAAAGCUACUCCUGCUCCUCCAGUCGGGCCAGCACUUGGUUCUAAAGGUGUUAACAUCAUGGCAUUCUGUAAAGAUUACAAUGCUAGGACUGCUGACAAAGCUGGCUAUAUCAUUCCUGUUGAAAUUACGGUUUACGAUGACAGAAGUUUUACUUUCAUCUUGAAAACUCCACCUGCUUCAGUACUUCUGCUUAAAGCUGCAGGAGCGGAGAAAGGCUCAAAAGACCCAAAACUAGAGAAAGUCGGGAAAGUCACAGUUGAGCAGUUGCGCACCAUUGCAAUUGAGAAAUUGCCAGACUUGAAUUGUUCAAGCAUAGAAUCUGCAAUGAGAAUUAUAGCCGGGACUGCCGCUAACAUGGGCAUUGAUGUCGAUCCUCCCAUUCUUACCCCCAAGAUCAAGGAACUUGUGUAGCCUCGCUUGUUUCCCUCCUCUCGUCCCCCCACCCAACAAUAGCACAUUAUCAUUUUCUUUUGUAUGUCCCCUACUUCAGUCUUAGCAUAGGUCAUUCAUCUUCUUCUAGCUUCAUUAUAAGUUAGAUAUGCAUCAAAGUGAGUGAUGUGGAGAAUGUUGAGCCCUGAUUGAUUUUUAGAAGUCCAGUUGAUGUUGAUAUAUGCUAUCGAAUUCACAUGGCUGUCAAUCUGUUUUGUGGUCACUGAGAUGUAAAAGUGGAUGCAUAUAUACAAUUAUUGUAAAAAACCAACACAAAUAAUUCAGCCAUCA